UUUUAUUUUUCUUAUUUUCCCUCCCUGUCAAAAUGUUACGCUUAGCUAAUAGAGUCGUUACGCCAAGUCCCCAACAAAAGAGAGGUUUAUAUGAAUCGCACGCAUUCUCAAGUCAAUUGUUUUCAAUCUACAUUCAUUGGCCUUAUUGUGAAAGUAAAUGUACCUAUUGUAAUUUCAACAAGUAUGUCAAUCCGAAAGAGCCUCCCCAUGAUAGACUCGUACAAGCCAUGACCACAGAACUCGAGUAUUUUCUGAAUAAUCCUCGAUAUAAUUUCAAAAACAGACGUUUACAUUCUGUCUAUUUUGGUGGUGGUACUCCCAGUUUGGCAAAGCCAUCUGGUAUCGCAUCCAUAUUAAAGACAAUCGAUAAGCAUGUUGGUUUAAACAAGCAUGUUGAAGUGAGCAUGGAGGCUAAUCCUACCUCGAUAGAAUUGCACAAGUUACAAGGAUUUAAAGAAGCCGGCGUCAAUCGACUGUCACUAGGUAUCCAGUCUUUUAAUAACAAGGAUCUGAAAGUAUUAGGUCGUGAUCAUUCGGGUAUGGACGCAUUAAAGGCUUUAUCCAUGGCCAAAGAGAUCUUUCACAAGGAAAGAGUCACGUUUGAUUUAAUUUAUGCUCGUCCUGGGCAAAACUUACAAGAUUGGAGAAAUGAACUAAAGGCUGCUUUAGAUAUUGCAGGCGAUCAUAUGUCCAUGUAUCAACUCACUUUGGAAAGAAGCACGCCGUUGCAUAAACAGUCUUUAAAAGGACUGAUACCUUCUAUGCCAGACAGCGAUUUAGCUGCUGAUAUGUAUGAAGAAACCGUAAGAAUAGCAAAAGAAUUUGGAUAUGCACAUUAUGAAGUUUCUAGUUAUGCCAAACAUCAAGCUGCUAUCAGUCGUCAUAACUUUUCUUAUUGGCAAGGCAUGGAUUAUUUAGGUAUUGGACCUGGAGCACAUGGUCGUUUGACGGAUUUUGUAGAUCAUCAACGCGUUAGAACAUUUGGGGAAUUUCAUCCAGAGAAAUAUAUGGCACUUUGUGAAGCGGAAGGUGAAGGUAUACGCAAGAUGACACCAUUAUCAGUACAAGAUAUGGCAGAGGAAUUAAUUGUGUUUGGCAUGCGUACACGUAUGGGUAUUCCCAGAUCAAGGUUUUCAGCCAUGACACAAGGAAAGCAAUUAGACGAGUAUCUGGAUAAGGAAGCACUUGAGAUGUUUAUACAGUCGGGAUUUAUAGUGGAUGAAGGAGAAAUCACGGAUGAGAACAGUAAAGAGAUGAAACUCUACGUGCCACAGGAACUUGAAUUCGAAUGGGCUAAAGGUGGUAUUCGUCCUACGGAGGCAGGACUUGAAAGGAUGGAUUAUAUUCUACCUAGAUUAUUAAAAUCCAAAUCAAAUAUUUAAAAAAAAACGUCAUUUUUUAUUAUAGGG